AUGAAGCUUGCCGUCUUCUUCACGCUCUUCACCUUCGGCGUUUCGGUGCUCGCAGCAUCUGCCGCUGACUGGCGCUCAAAGUCUAUUUACCAAGUCCUGACCGAUCGGUUCGCACGUUCCGAUGGAAGCACCACCGCCAAGUGCGAUCCAGUGGGCAAAUACUGCGGAGGCUCCUAUCAGGGUAUUAUCAAAGAACUCGACUACAUCCAGAACAUGGGAUUCACUGCCAUCUGGAUCUCCCCCAUCACAUUCCAGCUACAGACUUGGACACCUUACGGCGAACCAUGGCAUGGAUACUGGCAACAAGAUCUAUUCAAGCUUAACAGCGCGUUCGGUACUGCAGAAGAUCUCAGAGAUCUGGCAACCGCUCUGCACAACAGAGGCAUGUACCUCAUGGUUGACAUCGUUGUGAACCACAAUGGAUGGAAUGGAAAUGCGAGUUCCGUCGACUACAGCGUGUUCCAGCCCUUCGACAAUGCCGAAUACUACCACAACUACUGUACUGUCGACUACGACAACAACACCAGUAUUCGAGAUUGUUGGUUAGGCGACUCAAAUGUAGAGCUGGUCGAUCUUCGAACCGAAGACACUGUUGUCGCACAAGAGUAUCAGACGUGGAUCCAUCAAUUGGUUGCCAACUACUCUAUCGAUGGCCUUCGCAUCGAUACAGUCAAGCAUGUCGACACCGAUUUCUGGUCCGGAUUUGGUGAGGCCGCUGGCGUCUUCAUCACCGGAGAGAUCACCAAUGGCGAUCCGUAUGGUCUUUGUCCCUACCAGAACUACAUGGAUAGUGUUUUGAACUACGCCAUGUACUAUGCAGCCACAGCCGCUUUCUCGUCGACUUCUGGAAGCAUGUCGAGCUUCGUGAGCCAACUCAAAGGCAUGAAGAGCCAGUGCAAAGACACCACUGUGCUCGGGUCGUUCUCAGAGAAUCACGACCAACCUCGUUUCGCCUCGCUAACCGACGACAUAUCGCUUGCCAAAAGCAUCAUUACCUACACCAUCAUGUCCGACGGCAUUCCCAUCAUGUAUGAAGGCCAGGAACAGCACUACAGCGGCGCCUCGGAUCCGUACAAUCGUGAGGCUGUCUGGCUGAGUGGCUACAACACAGGAGCGCCCCUCUACACUCACACUGCAAGCACAAACCAGAUUCGCAGCCAUGCUCUCUACGUUGAUGCAGAUUGGCUCACCUAUAAGAAUUGGGUCAUCUACAGCAACAGCAACAACGUCGCUAUGCGCAAAGGAUACGAUGGCUAUCAGACCAUCACCGUUCUAACCAACAAUGGUGCUGGCAGUGAGGACUAUACCCUCAGCGUCACGAACACUGGGUACACAAACGGCAUGACUGUCGUCGACGUUUUGUCCUGUGAAGUAUUGUCCGCAGGAACGGACGGUACUCUCGCUGUGCCAAUGUCACAGGGUCUUCCAAAGAUCUAUUAUCCCGUCGAGCUCUUGGACUGUAGCGGCAUCUGCGGAUACUAA